GACUUGAUUAGGAAGUAUCACAAGAGGUUCUGCUAGAGUUAAGAUGGAUUUGAUAUCGUUGUUAUUUUCCUUGAUACUGUCACCUUUAAUCCCCAGAAUAGGGUUCAUGCUGGAGUGAAGAAUGAUGGCACAGGUUUGCAUUAAAAGAUUCCUCAAGUCUCCUGCUCAGGGGGACACUGACACAAAGGUCACUUGCAUUAGUGUUGACAGCCAACACUUGUCACAGAAAACAAAUUAAUCUUUUGCAAAGGUCGGCAUUAGUUUUAGAUAUAUUUUACACACUUUCCUCUCCAAUCUGUUUUUGGGAAUCUAUACCUGACAUGAGAAAUAGAGGCCAAGACUGUCACUCUGAUAUAGGAGAGGUAGAAGAACUGGCUGCAGAAAGCGGAAAGCAGCAGAUUGCAGCACAUCAGCAUUCUUCUAAAGAAACAGGCGCCUGAUUGCUGUGCUAUGGGCUACUGGUUUACAGCUGUCUCAGGACAGAAGUGGGUACCUGGUCCAGCAUGCCAAUAAGACAGCCGUAGCUUCCCCAACUGCUAACCACUGGCUCCUUGCCUGCUGCCUCCUCCUGCAUCUCAGGCCACCUAUUCUCUUCUCCACACCGUUGCCAGGGAAUGAGCUUUUGCAUUUUAGCAAUUUUACAAAAGGUGCCACCUUUUCCCAACCCCAUCUGAAACAGAUGUGUGCCUUUGAGGGGAAAUUUCCCCAGCACCUGGCUGCUACCUGUGGUCUGUCAAAGAGCUCACUGGUCUGAGGAGAACGAAGGAGAGGACAUUAGGUGACAAGUCUGGAGGAUCUUGGGUUUUAUGAGUAAUGAUGGAUGAAGCAUUGGAUGAAACUCCUGUUAUCUUAAAUUAGGACGUUACAUCUAUCUUCAAUUUAAACAUUUGGAUACAGUACUGUGUGUUGAAUGUCUCAGCUACCAACAGAACUACUCUGAGUUAUAGUAUGUUAAGAUCAGCUCCUUUAACUUUUCAGGGACGAACCUGACUCUGGUAGCAUUUCUUUGACUUCACUUACAAUGCAUGGAAAAUCUCUGAGCUUAUAAACAUGUUCGGUUCAGGCAAAACAUCCCAGAAUGAUCACUGGCCCUGCAGGGAGACUGAAACCAUGGCCAAGGGGCAAUCACAACCUGGCAGUACUUGAGGAUGCCACAGGGACACGUCUGAUGGGCUCAAAGUCUCUGCGUCCAAAGCAGCUGAAAUGGGAACAAACACCUGGAUCCACCUGUGAAGAAACAGAAAGCAAAUGCACAACAAUCUGCACCACCAGGACACCGCCUCCCUCCACAUCCUCACAGAGCAUGGAGCACAGGAGUAUGAUGCAAGCUGCCAACCAUCUUAUCUGUAAAAAUCAUCAGAAUUUGCCUGUAUCAGUUCCUGUAAAUAUCAGCAAUUACCCCUUCGCCAUCACAAAGGGGAGGAUGGAUCCAUUGGCAGCGGAUUUCUGUCUCUUCAAGCAGAGCUUCAGCUCGUGUUGGAGUAGUGUUGUUCAUGCUCUGGAGGCCCUGCAGAAGCUGCUCAGGGACUUUGCUGUGCCUAUGGCCAAAGUGAGUGGGGAGCGACUGGUGGAGUUCUCCCAUGGUUGGGACAGUGGUUGGAGAACCGCCAUUCCAGUGAUUGGCCUCGUCUCAGUGCUCGAAAACUGGGAGGAGGUGUUGGGUCUGGUAUCACGCCCAGGUCAGCGCUUUAAGGGAGAAGGAGGCAUCGAGGCGGCUGCCAUCCACAUCCAGUCCUGCUGGAGGCGCUGUGUGGCCCGGACAGCCUACCUGCGCCACUGCCGCCGCAAGUGGGCGGUGGGCACCAUCUCCAUCUCGUGGUUGAUGCGCUCUCAGAUGCGUGGUGUCAGGAGGGCCCUGCAGGCUCGACGUCUCAGACAGCUGGAGAGUUAUCGCAGCAGAGCGCAGAAUCUGGCAGCCGACUGGAAACACAUCCAGUCCUCCAAGAGAACCAUUAUCCACAUCCCUUCAUUAGGAUACUCGCAGAGUCAGCGGCUGAACUUGAGGGAGUUUGACACCCUGCAGAACAUCCAGAUAAACAGGCUGUGUGAUAUCAGAGACAAGAAUGUGGAGGUGAUCUACGUUUGCCCUCGGCAUCUGGGGGAGGACAUCUUGCACUAUUACACCAGCCUCCUGGUGCGUGAUGGAGCCACAGACGGGGCUGAAAACACAACUACUGAGGCCUCAUCCUCCGUCAGACCCUUUAUCAUCCUCACACCUGAGGCUGUAGAUUAUUUCCCGACCCGUAACAUGUGCCUGUCCACGCUCCUAAAGUACAGUCCACGCACCCUAAAGCGCAUAAGACACCUGAUCCAGGGGAAGCGGGCCUAUAUUGUGGGUGGAGUGGCCCAUGUGGAUGACCUGGCAGUGGCUGAUGAGCUGGGAGUGCCCAUCCUGGGACCAGAACCAGCUGUUGCACAACUCUACAGCACCAAGUCUGGAGGGCGGAGGAUCUUCAAGGGGGCAGAGGUUGAUGUGCCCCCUGGUCAAGGGGACAUCUACACACUAAACAAGCUUCAUGAGGCACUGGCAGAGAUUAUGACUCAAAACUUGGGUGUGCAGCGCUGGCUCUUCAAGGUAGACUCGGAGCACAGUGGCCGUGGUACAGCAUACUGUGAUGUUUGCCACCUGAGCUGCUCCAGUUGGGCGCUGCAGGAGUACCGGCGUCAUAGUGUCGAGCUGCGGAACACAAAAUGGAUUCAGGAGUCUGUUCUGCUCAGAUAUGCAGACGAGAUCCCAGAGUGGCUGACCCGUUACGCCCGGCCCGCUAAAACCUCCCGCUAUCCCAACUGGGCCUGCUUCCUUAAGACCUUCCUCAGGCAAGGCGGAGUGGUGGAGGCCUACCCCCCAUCAGACAGUGUCACCUGUCUGACAGUAGAUCUGCUACUGGAGCCUGGGGGCGAGGUGAACGUGUUGUCCUGUGGAGACCAGCUUCAUGGCUCCUGUCAACUGGAAGCUAUAGGCUGCACUGUUCCGCAGACCUCCGUAUACCCAGAGACCCUGCACUCCAUCUGCACGCGCGUGGGCCGGGCCUGUCUGCAGCGCUGCAUCGUGGGUCAUGUCUCCGUGGACCUGGCUACUUUCCUGAACCACGACACCAUGGAGCAGGAGGUGUGGGCUAUUGAUCUGGACCUCACAUACAGUGACCAGCUGGCCAUGACCCAGAUGCUUCUGAUGAGGACUGGAGGAACGUUGAAUUGUCACACAGGCUGUUUAGAAGUGCCAGUCAGGGAGAAAUACUGUGAAGAGCAACCCGCAGCCAAAAGUCCUGUGGUGAAUCGUUAUGCAGUUCUCGGGAGCCACUUGUUUCACUCUAACCUUUCCAUGUUGUACCACAAUGUGUUCCUUAUGAUGUGCAGGGCUCAUGGCAUAAGAUUUAACAUGAAGAUGAAGGAAGGCACCGUCUUCGCUCUUUAUGACAGCAGUGAGCGAUGCAGGAUUGGAAUGAUAACGGUCUCCGAGGAUCUCCAGGGAGCUCUGGUGACCUUUGCUCGGAAUCUGUCAGUCAUUCAUCAGGAAAUAUCAUCUUCUAAGAUGCAAGAAGAAACCAAUUUCAAGGAGCUGACCAAGAACAUAGAGGACGUGCUGCAGACGAUCGUUCAGAACAAGCUGAGAGCGGUGAAGGAUAAAUCUGCCGCUUAGCUGGCGGCUUCAAAGAUAAGCCUACAUCGCCCAUACCAAGCUAAUUCAUUGUGUCUGUGCCAACUUUAAUGUCACAUUACACUGGGAAUGUUUUGACCCUGGGAGUUUAUCGAGGUUGAGCCAAAAUAAAUUGCUGAGAAACCUUGUUAGAAUCUGUCAUAUAAACAGUUUUUGUUAUCUAGAUCUACAGUCUGAAUACACUGUCUGGUAAUACUUGAAAACAAAUAUAAUAAUCUGUGCACUUAAUAAAUACCACUGAGGAAUGAGAAGGCUUUUUAUGAGUUCAAGUACUCAUAAAGUAGCAGCCAAACAAGCAGUUUCAUCCGGCACUGUAUAGUUGUUUAUCUGCUGUGGACAGUUGAGAAAGUGAACAGAUUUUGAAAAAGUUUUCUUUCGUACGUUGACUAUUUUUUAUUUUAUUUCUUCAGGAGCACAGUUUGUAGUGGAAUAUAUAUAUAUAUAUAUAUAUAUAUAUAUUAAAAUAAAAAUUAAAUACAGUAUUGUGUUUGCAGUGAAGGGCUAAGCAGCUCGUGUUUUAGCCCGUUCAUAAGUCAUCAUGUUUUGUAAUUGCUGUGUGGUUCCUUGCUUUGUAUACAUCAGCACAUAUUAUUCACUAAUGUCAGGAUUAAAGGUGAAUAUUUUAAAAUAAAUCUACAUGUGUGGUGUAACAUAUGCA